CAAUUCCGAUUCCGGGGCCCCCGCUUUAGCGUUCCAGUCUGGGAAAUGUUCCAUUGAAAUUCGGCGAGGAAGUUGAGCGCCGUAUCAUCUGCCGAUAUCGGGAUUGCUGCGGUGCACUCGGCGACAGACUGCAUCUGAGUUCACACACCACCCUUCCCUCCCUCCCCCUAUCAAGUUUAAAAUGUUCGCUUUGCCUGGCUCAGCUAUGGACGUUUUGGAGAAUAUGGAAGGAGACAAUGUGCUGAACUUGUCCAGAAUGGAUCUGGAUACGGUGUCUUUGGAAGAAAUCAGCGAAGAAAAGCAAAACGAAACUCAACAGUUACUGUUGACAUACAACAGAUUUACUGUUUUCCCGGGAAGUAUCGCCUGCUUCAGAAACCUGCUGUUCCUAGACAUCAGCUCCAAUGGACUCACCUUCAUCUGCGACGAAAUCCUGGAACUGGGCAAACUUAAGACAUUGAUAGCCAAAAAUAACAGAAUGGACGAAUUCUCGCUGCCCAAAGACUUGGGAAAGAUGGGUUUGGAAGUUGUCAAUUUCAGUGGCAAUCGAUUCGAAGAGGUUCCUUCUCAGCUUCUAGAAUUGCAAAGACUCAAAUCUCUUUCACUUGGGGGAAACAGACUUAAAACUAUUCCACCAAAGAUAGAAAACUUAACCAGCUUAGAGUUGUUGUAUCUAGGUGGGAAUGGAAUCCUAUCGAUCCCUCCGGAACUCGCUAACUUGCCGUACCUCAGCUAUCUGGGAUUGUGUGACAACCGAAUCCAGGGUCUCCCACCACAGCUUGCACAGCUGAACUCACUACGGUCACUCAGUCUUCACAAUAACCUCCUUACAUACCUUCCUCGAGAGAUCCUGAACCUGGUCCAUCUGCAGGAACUCAGUCUACGAGGCAACCCACUUGUUGUGCGAUUUGUAAAAGACCUAAUCUACAACCCACCAUCGUUACUUGAGCUGGCUGGCCGGAUUGUGAAAUCCCGCAACUUAUGCUAUACACUGAAAGACAUGCCUGGGAACUUGGUCAGCUACUUAGAUUCAGCCAGCAAAUGCCCAAAUCCUAAGUGCGCAGGAGUUUACUUUGAUUCUUGUGUUCGUCAUAUCAAGUUUGUCGACUUCUGUGGCAAGUACCGCCUCCCACUCAUGCACUACCUGUGCUCUCCACAAUGCUUCUCGCCGUGUAGCUCAAAUUCACAGAGCGACUGUGACUCUGAAGAUGAAUUCAACAUUCCACAGCACCGGAUGCAAAAAGUGCUCCUUGGUUAAAUGUUUAUGGAAGUUAAGAAAUCUACAGUAAAGACUGGAUCGCUGUAGUCCUGGAACACUUGAACUUAUCUAAUCCAACAUACCAGGGUCUUGUUGACUACAAUCCUUACAUCUAUUACAAUAAUGUUCAGACCUUCACAUCAGUUUUGUGUAUAAUGGAUUGUACAGUGUUCAUAAUCUAGGAGUAUUAUCACGGACCCUUAAAUAUUUGUACUAAAGCACUAUAUUUUUAUGCCAGUAACUGUGAAAUGUUCUGGUGUUUAUUAAUAUUGGAUGUGCAAAGAGCUAUUUUGAAUAACCAUACUUUUAGAAUAUUAUAUGAAGCACUGCUUUAAUGUGUAAUAAUUACCAAAAUUUUACUUUUCCAUUUGAAAGAUUAAUAUUUGCAUUUGGUGAGACAAGUUUUUAUUUAAGGGGAUCCUGGCUGUAAAGUUAAAAUACACCAAGCAGGUAGGUAAUUUUUGACUAUUGACAGGCUGGAUUAAAUAGUGGGAGUCUUGAUCUCUUUUUCAAUUGUUACGCCAUGUUGAUUGUGAGAAUUCUAGCUGAGAACCGCUUGCUGUGGACUUCAGUAGCAGGUUAUAAGUGAGGAGAGGGCUUGUUUGGAAUGAUGGGCUCCCCCUUUCAAUCCCACUUCUUCAGUUAGGUUGCUGUUCAGAGUUGUGACACUGAACAAAGCUAAUGAAAAUAAAGGGAUAGAAACCAAGUUAGAAAUGGAAGGAGAGGGAAUGUGAUAAGGUAAAUGAUCACCUGCAGCAAAGACAGUAGAGUAAAGGAUAUAGUUACACAGCUACAAACUUUAGGAGGUAUUGGGCAGUCGUCAUUUUUCAGAUUUAAAUUUCUAUUCACAAGAUUUAUUAUUCAUUCAUACUUAAGGUUUGAAAAGAUUUAGUUUUUUUUGUAGUUUAGGUAAGUUAUGGAUAGCAGGAAUGUUUUACAGAUUCAUAGAAUUACAUUGAUAUCUUAAGCAAGUCUGUCAGUCACCUGAAACAUAUAUCUAUUGAGAUGAGAGGCAAACUCCCCAUCACUUGAAUAGCAUUGGAAGAGUAUUCCUUGCUGUGAAUUAGAGAAGUACUUUGUGGAACUUCUGGUAAAUUACAAAAGUUUUUUUGGUGUGUUCUGAGCUUUUUAAUUUUUAAAAAAAAAUUUACCUUUCAUUUCAUCCAGUGUUGUUAUAAUGAGUGGGGUGGGCUGGGGGGUGUUGCUGCUGCCUUCCAGUCUCUAGCUGGCUGGUGUUUCAUUUUGUUAUGCUAGCAUUUAACUGCUUAUAAGAAUGAAUGGGAUUGUGUGAUGUAAUUCCUCCAAACUACAUCAACAGGAUACAAGUGAAAUUAAAAGCCAGGUCAUUCGAAUGGAAAGUGAAUUUAUUGAACAACAAUGGAUACUUAUGCAAACUGAAUAGUUAGAUGGAAAUUUUAGACAAGCUGUAGACAAUUUUGUUAGGGAUUCAGAGCUUCUUGGUGUUGUCAGAAACUCAUUUAUUCUGUUUGGUUCAAAAUGCACACCAAUAAAAGAAGUAACAAACUA